UUUUGUAAACAAGUGCCGGAACAGAAGUAAAAAUUUGUUAUGAUAAAUCCGAUUACAUUUCUACGACAAAUUCCGAGCCGGACGAGCGUUCGGAUCGGUGCUCGCGGUAGCAGAACGAUGCAUCUUCUUUGCCCCGGAGUGCCGUCCCCGAGAUGGUGCACCAAUCAUCCACUUUCGCCGCAAAAACUAGGCCCCUCCAGCAGGUGGACAAAUCAAAGCAUUGCCGGUUGGCGGUGGCUCAGUUCGAAGAAUCCCAGCGAUUCCAUCGCCACCUCUCCGGUCAACUCAGCCACCUUUGAAGCGGUCUGCUCGGAUACUCUGGAAUCGCUGUGCGAUUAUUUCGAAGAGAUGGUCGAAGCAACCACUGCGCUCAACCAGGCAGAUGUUACCUACAGUGAUGGUGUGCUGACUGUGAACUUUGGACAGCCGCACGGGACAUACGUUAUCAACCGGCAAUCACCGAACCGACAGAUCUGGCUCAGCUCACCGACCAGCGGCCCAAAGCGGUACGAUUUUGUCCCGAACAAGCCUGCGGUUAACAGUGGCAGCGGAUACUGGCUCUAUCGGCACGACGGUGUCACGCUACACGAGCUGCUGCAGGCAGAAGUGAGCCAAAUUGCUGGCCGACAACUGAACUUUCUUGCCUUGCCCCACGGUCGACGAGUGAUGGACCAUGAGGACACUUGA